AUGAAUAAUAAAAAAAAGAGUAGAGCUUUGUUGCAGAGAAAGUCUGGCCAUUCAAAGGCAUUUUCUAGACGCUCUUUUAAAGGUAAUCAGCAUACAAAAAAACAAGAAGAAUCAGCUGAGGUUCCUUUGUCUAACCCACCUAUUUCUUCUUCUGGAAUGAAAAUAAACCUAUCAUAUUUAUCAACAGAUGAAAAUGGUAUUUCGAAUGUAACUGUAUUGUGUGAUGGAUCAUGGCAACGAAGAGGUUUUGCAUCGUUAAAUGGUGUUGUUACUGUAAUAGCAAGUGACACAGGAAAGUGUUUAGAUUAUCGUGUACGAUCUACAGUUUGUAAGUCAUGUCAAUCUUGGGAAGCAAAGAAGGGUUCUGAUGAAUAUGAAGAAUAUAUUUCAACUCACGAUUGCAACAUUAAUCAUACUGGUUCUGCUGGUUCUAUGGAAGCUGCUGCUUUAGUAGAUUGUUUUGUUGCUUCAGAACAUAGUCGCAAACUCCGAUAUACAAAAUACAUAGGGGACAGAGACUCUAAGUCAUACUCUGAUAUUGUAGCUAAAGAUCCAUACAAAGGGAUAAUUGUUGAAAAAAUGGAGUGUGUGGGACAUAUCCAAAAGAGAGUUGGAGGACGGUUACGGAAACUCAAAGCAACAAAUAAGCAGAAAUUAUCUGAUGGAAAAAUGUUAGGUGAUGCAGGUCGUCUUACUGAAAAAGCUAUAAAUAAACUGCAAAAUUAUUUUGGCAUUGCAGUUCGGCAAUCAACAGGUUCUACUGUUUACCAGUUAAAAAAAGCUAUUGGAGCAGUACUUUUCCAUUGUUCUGAGGCAAAAGAUGUUGAAUCAAGACACCAAAUGUGCCCACGUACUGCUGAUAGUUGCUUAAGUGAUGAUAAUUUGCUCAAAAAAUGUCUUCAUGGCAAAACACAAAAUAACAAUGAGACACUAAAUGGAAUGAUUUGGAAACGAUGUCCAAAAGAUAUUUAUGUUUGUAAAACUACUGUUGAGUUGGAUGUAGCUUCAGCAGUCAUUAAUUUUAAUGACGGUUCAACUGGAAUUUUAAAGGUUUUAGAAGGAUUAGGUGUUGUUGCUGGAUUUUAUUCAAAUGAAUUCUGUGUCUCAAAUAACGCUCGACGAAUAAUUUCUAUGGAAAGAAAAUUUCUUGAUUCUAUUAAGAAGAGGAGAAAACAUAUUCGAGGAGUGCGUAAAGGUUUUAAGAAUACCAAUGAAUCAGAAGAAGAACAGAAGUAUGGUUAUGGUUUAUUUUAG